GCAAACUGCAUCAUCCGACAUGAAAUCGAAAGCAAACUUGCUAAGGAAAUAAAACAUCCUCGCGACUUGCGAGCCAUAUUGUCCUCAGCUGAACCUGUACACCUCUGACUUCAUCUGAAAACUUGAACGGACUGAUUUAUUUGUCCUUAGCUUAAAAAGUCUGCUCAGCCAUGUCAGCGACAUCAACCCUGAAAAUAAGCGCGGCGAAUGUGGGGAAGGUGGAAAACUUCCGCAAUUCCCUGCAUCGUGAGGCAGAGAAUCUGUUCUCCAACUUCAUCCCCAUGAAGAUUGUACAGCUGGAUGCUCUGCUCAAGGAUGAAGUCCUCAGUAUCACAGACAUGUCCUUACUCAAGGCACCUCUGGACAUCCCCAUUCCAGACCCUCCUACCCCAGAGGACGAGGAAAUGGAGACGGAUAAGAAUGAUGAAGAUGAAAAGAAAAAGAAGAAAGCUCCAAAAUGUGGCUUCAUUAAGGGGAAUGAGAAGAUAAUGGCGCUUCUAGAGAAGGUGAAACCAGAGAUCUUUGCCAUGAGAGAGACCAUGAUCACUGUCUCCUGCUGGAUUCAGCACCUCAUCCCCAAAAUAGAAGAUGGAAAUGACUUUGGAGUUGCCAUCCAGGAGAAAAUCCUGGAGAGGAUCACUGCAGUUAGGACCAAAGUUGACACUUUUCAGGGCAACAUCAACAAAUACAUAUCAGAGAGGGGGGAUGCUGUUGGAAAAGCCUCCAAAGAGACUCAUGUGAUGGAUUACCGCUCGCUGGUCCACGACAAGGACGAGGCCAUCUACUCUGAGAUCAGAGUGAUCAUUCUUGACAUUCGCGGCUUCUACACUGAGCUUUUCGACAUCCUCACCAAGAAUAUGGAAAAGGUGACCAACCCUAAAGGAGAGGAGAAACCUUCCAUGUACUGAAGGACAGAUUCUGCAUUCAUAUUCAACAUCAAUCAACUCUCUCUGUGUUCAGUAAUGCUGCAUGUGCAUUACUUAAUUUCUUAAAUCUUCUGAUAAGUAACUGGAUCAGGGUUUAUCACUGCUGUUGUAUGACACUUUGGUUUUGUACCGACACUUGCACUAAAAGUUGUACAACUAUGAGUUUGAGAAACGAAAUAAAGGAAAGCCUGUUUUUUCAAA